AGUAGUGAGUAUGUUUCAUUUCUUCUAUUUAAGUAGAAAAUAGAACACAUAUAAUGGAACCCUGGUUACACAACAAACAUCACAGUGCUGAAGUGACAAAAAUCCAGGGUAGUAUUUGCCAUCAGAAGGCAGAAGCAGCAGCACAGAACACAUGCUCCAAUCCAGGGUCAGACCUCAAGAUACUCACUGGUUAUUUUACUGGGAUCAUAAGCUUUGAACAAGAAAAUUUCCUGGAACCAACAAAUGAAUUCAGAGGAGUCCCUUACUGCCCACUGUGAGUAAAACAAAGCCCAGAACACUCAAGACUUUACUGAUGAACACUCAGAAGAUAAAGAGUUAUAACAACUAAACUAAGACAUUAAAAGGAAAAUACCAGACGCUACUCCGCAGGUUGCCUUAACUGCCAAUUAAUGGAUACAUUUAAAUCCUCCUGAAUCAACACAACAACCAGGUAGCAAAGAAGAAACACAAGCCAUGGACAACCUCACCUCUGUGGCUGGGAAUGGCAGCCUGUGCACCAGAGAUUACAAAAUCACCCAGGUCCUCUUCCCGCUCCUCUAUACCGUCCUCUUUUUUGUUGGACUCAUCAUAAACAGCCUGGCAAUGAGGAUUUUCUUUCAAAUCCGCAGUAAAUCCAACUUUAUUAUUUUUCUUAAGAACACAGUCAUUUCUGAUCUUCUCAUGAUUCUGACUUUUCCAUUCAAAAUCCUCAGUGAUACCAAGCUGGGAACAGGACCACUGAGAACCUUUGUAUGCCAAGUGACCUCUGUCAUAUUUUAUUUUACAAUGUACAUUAGUAUUUCAUUCCUGGGACUGAUAACUAUUGAUCGUUACCAGAAAACCACCAGGCCAUUUAAGACAUCCAAUCCCAACAAUCUCUUGGGAGCUAAGAUUCUCUCCGUUGUAAUCUGGGCAUUCAUGUUCUUGAUCUCUUUGCCCAACAUGAUUCUGACCAACAGGAGGCCAAGAGAAAAGAAUGUGAAGAAAUGCUCGUUCCUCAAAUCGGAGUUUGGUCUGGUCUGGCAUGAAAUAGUCAAUUACAUCUGUCAAGUCAUUUUCUGGAUUAAUUUUUUAAUUGUCAUUGUAUGUUACACACUUAUUACAAAAGAACUGUACAGGUCAUAUGUCAGAACAAGGGGUGUAGGCAAAGUCCCUAAGAAGAAGGUAAACAUCAAAGUUUUCAUUAUCAUUGCUGUCUUUUUUAUUUGUUUUGUUCCUUUCCAUUUUGCCCGCAUUCCCUAUACCCUGAGCCAGACCCGGGAUGUCUUUGACUGCUCUGCUGAAAAUACUCUGUUCUAUGUUAAAGAGAGCACCCUUUGGUUAACUUCCUUAAAUGCAUGCCUGGAUCCAUUCAUCUACUUUUUCCUUUGCAAGUCCUUCAAAAACUCCUUAAUGAGUAUGCUGAAGUGCCCCAAUUCUGCAACAUCUCUAUCUCAAGAAAACAGGAAAAAAGAACAGGAUGGUGGUGACCCAAGUGAAGAGACUCCAAUGUAAACCAAAUGAGGUAAUAUUUCAAUCUGUAAGUGGUUGGAAUACACAAAAGGAAAACACUGUGUAAAAAUACUGACUAAACAGUAAGCUGAGUCCAUAAUAAUGACUCUUUAAACAAGUAGUAGAAAACUACAGAAGUAAUUUUCAUUUACUUUUCCAGUAUGAAAAAGCUACCUUAAAAUACAGAAAAGAAACCUAACAUAUAGAUAUGGGUAGCAAAACAAACUGUAUCGAAUCACCACGGUUACAAGCCAAACUACAGAGAA